GUGAGGUUACAUGGGUAGAGUGAAAUCAGCUGGUUAGAUUCCAAGCAGAUUGCAGUAACUUCACUUACUGCAUUGGUCAUAGUUUUGUAGCAGAUUUUGUAGUUAUUGUAAUUUUUAUACAAUUUCUUUCUUUAAAACAAAGCAAAAUUGAAUUUUGAAACUUUGUUAAAAGAUAAAACUGAUAGCAAAAGUUGCUUUUUAGUUACAACUUAACUUCUGACAUUGAUGUGGUUAAUCUUUACCACCUUUAAUACAUUACCACAAAAAAAACCAAAAAAAUUUAUUGGAUUUGGAUUUAAUUACUCCAUUGGUAUUACUCAAAAAUCACUUCAAAAGAAGUUAUUGUAACCUGUAGAGCUUUUGGUCAAAAUAAAACCACUGUAAUAACUCUUCAUACACAUGAGGAAUAAUAAAAAUGAGUCAGGUGUAAUUUUACAAUGUGUGCCAUGCAUGAUUAAGUGCAUCCCUCUCCUUAUUAUCUGUAAGAUCUGCAUUUGUGGGUAGCUUAGUUUAGUUGGUUUGGAUUUCUUUCUCAUUCAUUAACAACAUGUACCACAGUCCUCCUGGCCGAGAACUGACGUGCAUUUCAAUGUGUUUAUGUGCUGCUGCCAUGUUUCAACUUCACUGUUCCCACCAACUGACCCAAGUAAGAAGGAUACACAGCAGAGGUCAAAUAAACUACUCAUGCUGGGUGUGAACACACACUAACAAACUCCAACAGUUUUUUAGCCCACUGCUGACCUGGUGGAGUGUGGAUCUUCCUCAUGGUAACCAAAGACAAGGUUACAUCCCCUGAAAGUCUUGUUAAAACAUCAACCACAAUGCCAUUGUGUCACAGAAAGCAUGGCUUGUAACUAUGACAGUUGACAACUGUGACACCUUACCACUCCAACACCCCUAUCAACGAAAAACAAACCCAGAGAGGGAGCUCACAGUCCCACAGUGGAUCUAGAGUAACAGCACAGUUCGUAAAAUCAGCGUUUGGGUCAUGGAGCCAUAUUCAGCGUGAUUUCAUUCAGCUCUGCAUUUAUGAACCCUCACAAAGCCCUGCUGAAAGACUUGAAUGUCUGAAUGGGUGCAGAAAAAAAUUGUUGGAUGUGUGAUGAAUGAGAGAAGGAAGCAUCAAGUGGACUGUAGUUUGGAUGGAAGCGUGCACGGUGAACAGAGGAGAAACUUUCAGUCUAAAUCCCUUCAUGAGAGCACUUUGCUUCCACCAAGACCGCGGUCCUAUGGAGACGCAGGGCUUUUGUUCAAAGGCUCUGAACUCCUGGGCCUGCAAGUGCAGGGAUUUUGUUGUCCUCUCCAGCAGAGGCCCAGCAGUGGGAGCACUGUACACAAGGUGACGCCAAAGGGCAGAGGGGGAGGAAACGGGAGCGUGACUCUGCUAAGCAGCCUCAAGGGAAGGCUGGAGAGCAGUGUGAAACCAGCCUCAAGGUUCAGGACUGGGAGCAGACCUGAGAUGACUCCAGGAGGUGGAGCUCCCAUUAUGUGCCACUACAGAGACCCAGUCAGUGAAACAGCAGAAACUCUCACACGCCGCUGCGACAAUGAGAUGCAGGCUGGUCAAGGACACCUCGGCGCUGCAAAGGUUUCAGAACUCCAUCUGUAUCUGCCACUCUGCGAUGAUGAAGAGCAGGAUGCUGAGACAGAGGAGAUGAGGUAUGAGUUCGUAGUGGUGGGGUUUGGGGUGUGGAUGCCAUUGCAAGUCAGAGGAGAGCGGUCAUCUGCAUCGUUUUCUACAACAGCUCCUCGGAUAAUACCCUUCCCCAUCUUUCACGUCACAUUUGCGGUUUUCACCCUCCUUUCCAAAAACUGGAACAGAGCUCCAAAACUGGUCUCAGAAGUGAUGUCAGUUGGAGGGUGGGGAGACAAAAACAUACUUUCCCAUGUAAAGACAUGCCCACUCUGUCUAAAUGGGAUCUGUUAUAUUCAUGGAAUCAUUCCAUGUAACAAUAAAGCCAAAGAGGUUGAAUUUACUGGAUGUUCUGUGAAAAGGAGUCCUGUGAAACAUCAGUGUACAGAUGGGAAGAGACACAGAUAUGUCAAGGAGGAGGGUGAAGCCAAUAAACCUAAAAGAGUUAACCACUUGUUGUUCUACUCAAUAUUUGUAAUGUAAAAUGGAUCGAAACACUGCUCGUAUUGUGAGAAGUGUUGUUCAUUGUGAUGAACCCACAGAGGUCUGUCAACCCAUCACUGCAGUUCCUUUUGGCUCUACUCAGAUUUUUGUGGUCUCUCUCAGUGAUCUGGUUUUCAGGACCACAGCUUUACUGUUUUGGUUCAAUUUCAAUAUGCUCAUUAACCGUGUUUUGAGCAGCAGCGGGCAGCUAUUUUGAAUUAAAUUCAAAUAAAGACUCAUAAACCUGCUGGACACUACCUGUUGAGAACCAAACCACAAACCCAUAAAGUAAGCAACUAUCUGGUGAACAUAGUGGAGUAUUUAGCAGCUAAAUAACCAAAUGUUUUUCUCGGGAAGCGGUGGAGACCAAACGAGAGCUAAAAGGAGAGUGGAUGUCUCACUUACAUUCAUCAGGUGGACUCAAACACAACUCUAAGCCAAUAUUAAUGUUACUUGGAUGUACAUAUAGGCAUCUUUAUAAGGUGCUAAUGUUGUAUUUACAGUUUGUUGUGCAGU